CAGGAUCGUUUUAUAAAGUGGAUAUUGUGAUAAUAUAAUCAACCUUGUUGAUAUUGUUGUGUGCUUCCGGCGUUGCCGGCUUCCAUGGAUUAGAAAUAAGCAUCUACGUCCCUCGGUCGACUUCUCCAAAAUCAAACAACUUACCAAUAUCAACCACAACCAUGGCAUCUGAAGCAAUCAAUCUUGUCGCUGUUAUUUAUCCCAAGCCUGGGAAGGCAGCGGAACUCUCCGCUCUCAUGGCCGAAGUCACCCAAAAGGUUCAGGCCCACGAACCAGACACUCUUCUUUACUACGCUUUUACCAACGAGCAGAAUAAAGAUGAGAUCAUAGUUGUGGAGAGAUACCGCAACGCAGCGGCCCUGGACGCACAUGUGAAAGGUCCCCAUUUCCAGGAAUUCGUGAAAAAGGCGUCAGGAUUGAUGGCCAAGCCUUUUGAACUCAAGAGGGGAGGGUUCUUGCCUGCGUCUGCGGGCGUUGCUAGGCUGUAAUAGAAUAGCGUUAUAGGCUGGGUACGAAGUGCUUAUACGUGGAAUGUUCGGAGUACAUGUAUGUACAUACGGAGUACGGAUACUCCGCAUCAAGGGUAUUUUAUUGAUUGGGGAAAUAUUGACGGGCGAUAUAAGCAGAUGAAACAAUACGGAGCCCAGGUCGAUAGCAUAUUGGAUGAGAUUGACAGGGAUAGCAAGCUACGGGUUGCUCUGUAGCUAGGUAUGCAUG